AAGGAGGCAGCUGCGACGGCCAGCCUUUGGAGCCCCAGCCAUCCUCCAUUGGGAAAGAGAGAGAGAGAGAGAGAGGAGGAGCCGCAGCGCUCCCCAUCCAGGCUCCCUUCCAGUGCUCCGGACCCCUUGCCUUGCCUUGCCUUUGCCUCUCCACGGAUCCUACGAGCUCCACGCUGGCUGUCAAGAAGAACCAUGGACUGUUUCUGUCGGCCGUCCGCGCUGUCAAGACACCAUGACGCCUGGUAGCCGAAUGCUGAUGGUCAUCCUAUUCUGCCAAGUGCUGCUCGGAGGGGCCACGCACCGGGCCGGCCUCCUCCCCGCCGAGAUUGGCAAGAGGAAGGGGCCCCUAGGGGACCGACCGCCCCCCAGCCAUGAGCUCCUCCGUGGCUUCGAGGCCAGCCUGCUCCAGAUGUUCGGUCUUCGCCGUAGGCCUCGCCCCGGCCCUGCCACCCAGAUCCCGGCCUACAUGCUGGACCUCUACCGCCUCCAGUCCGGAGAAGAGGAGGACCGGGUCCACGACCAAAGCCUUUCCUACCCAGAGAAGCCCACCAGCCGUGCCAACACAGUGAGGAGCUUCCACCAUGAAGAACACCUGUCGCAGGUGCCUGGCUUGGAGCCCCACCUGGGUCGCUUCCGCUUCUUCUUCAACCUGAGCAGUGUGCCAUCGAGCGAGGCCAUCUCUUCUGCAGAGUUGCGGCUCUUCCGUCAGCAGGUCCCCGACAAUGCUGUGGAGGAGGAGGCCGAGGAGUGGGGUCUCCACCGGAUCAACGUUUACGAGGUUAUGAAGCCCUGGCAUGAUGGGGAGGACCCAGUCACCCGGCUUCUGGACACACGCUUGGUGCACCACAACGUGAGCCGCUGGGAGAGCUUUGACGUGAGCCCGGCAGUGCUCCGAUGGACGGCGGGUGGGCAGCCCAACCACGGCCUGGCUGUGGAGGCUCUCCACCUUCACCCCAGGCAGACUCGGCAGGGCCAUCAUGUCCGGAUUAGCCGCUCUUUACCUCAAGGGGGGCACCUGGAGGUUGGGGACUGGGCCCGCCUCCGGCCCCUGUUGGUCACUUUUGGCCAUGAUGGCCGGGGCCCAGCAUCAGCCCUCACACGACGCCGGGCCAAGCGGAGCCCCAAAGGCCCCGGGGGUGGUGGCCCUGGUGGCCGGGCCCAGCGUAAGAACAAGAAAAACUGUCGGCGCCACGCUCUCUAUGUGGACUUCAGUGACGUGGGCUGGAAUGACUGGAUUGUGGCCCCACCAGGCUACCAGGCCUUCUACUGCCACGGCGACUGCCCCUUCCCCUUGGCCGACCACCUCAACUCCACCAACCAUGCCAUUGUCCAGACGCUGGUCAACUCGGUCAAUGCCAGCAUCCCCAAGGCCUGUUGCGUCCCAACUGAGCUCAGCGCAAUCUCCAUGCUCUAUCUGGAUGAGUAUGACAAGGUGGUCCUCAAGAACUACCAGGAGAUGGUGGUCGAAGGCUGCGGGUGUCGUUGAGGGCCAAGGACGGCCAAAGCAUACGUUUGUGGGGGUGGUGGGGGAUGACGGGGUUGGACUACAGAGCCCAGACACCCCAGGAGAAUGGGUUGGGAGUUUUGGGAGAUUUGGUUACCCUGCUGAAGGUUUCUAUGGUCACAAAGAGUGCAGAGUAUGGGAAAUGAACUUUGUGGGACUAUGCUACCCAGCAUCUCCGGGAGGACUGGUUGGAGGUGUUGGGUGGUAUGAUCCCUCCCAGGGAAGGUUUCCAAGCUUGGAGAGAAUGCUGUCCUUGGGAAAUGGACUUUGUGGGACCAUGGCACCCCCAGUCCCUUCAGAGGCUAGGGAGUCUGGGAGGUACAGUCCAAAAAGUAAGACCAAAUGCUGGGGGAUAUUGUAAGUUGUUGUCCCUUGAAAUAAUGUUUUCAAGUGUGAAGAGCUUGGGUAAUAGACUUUGUGGGACUAUAGUACCCAUAAUCCUCCAGGAACUGGGGGAAUUCUAGGAACUACAAACAGUCUAAAAGGUAACACUGAGAGGGAGGGUGCAGAGCUUGAGAAAUGAAGUUUGUUAGGCUGCAGUACCCAGACUUUCAAUUUUUAGAAUCCCCCUCAUCUCACCCAAAGUAACUCUUUCAAGGUGAGAGGCAGAGAGCAAGAGUGUGAAUUGUGGACAAAUUAAUCUAUUGGAUUACAGCACCCAGAAUCCCCCAGUCUCCCUACAAGUAGUUUAUUUCACCCACAGGGAGCAAGCAAGAGCGCAGAGCUUGGAAAAAUUACAUUUUUGGGCUACAGCUCCCAGCCAAACCCAGCAGCCUCCUUUUGGAUUCUGGGAGCUGAAAUAUCAAAAGUAACUUGUCCAAGGUUAAAGAAAGAGUGGGGCGAGCAGUGCUUCAGAAAAAAAUUAUUUCAGUGGAGUAAAACUCUGUAGAUCCCUUAGUUUUCCCCAGAGCAAUUUUUCUGAGCUCAGAGAGAACUAGAAAAGAGCCUGGGAACCAUUCUUUGUUGGACUACAGCACCCAGAACCCACCAGCCUUCUGGGGGAUUCUGGGAGUUGUAGUCCAGCAAAGUAAAUUUUACCAUCUUGGAGAUUGCUGACCUUGGAAACCUUAAUUUCUGGGGCUGUAAUUCCACUAAUGUUACACUCUUUGGGGGGGGGGGGUGUUUACUGGUGGUUGUCGCCUGCAAAAGUAACUUGCCCAAGGUCUGAGAUAAGAGAGAUCAGAUGGAGAAAGACAUUUUCCCCAUUUCUCUGCACCUUUUGGGAGGUGAUGGUGGAAAGAGAGCUCCAUCCUUCUUCUCGGUUUCCCUGUUUCAAAGAAUGGAUGGGUGUUUUAAAAUUUUAUUUCCCCAAAGAAAAGGAAUGACGAAAUUUCAUAAAAUCCUCUUUUUUCCUCACCUGACCUCCACAGGCGUGCCAGCAAAAGCAGACAAAGAAUAAUAAUAAUAAUUAUUAUUAUUAAAAGAGAGAAAACCCUCAGUCCGUUCACCUUGACCUUAUUUAUGACUUUUAUGUGCAAAUGUUUUGACAAUAAUGAUCAUAUAUUUUGACAAAAUAUAUUUAUAACGACAUAUUAAAAGAUAAAAAAAUAAAGU